AUGAGGAUAGGCGCCUUCGUCUUCCCCAAGCGGCAACAGCACGCCCCCCUUCUCAUCCUCUCCGGCGCCGUCCCGCCCACUCCCAUGGCCUCCCUCGCCAUCCCGGCCUUGCGCUCGGCGGGAGCCAAGCUCGCCAGCACCACAGCCACGAAGCCCUGGAAGCCCACUUGCCAAUGCGCUUGCGUGUCCGGUGGCCAUGGCGGGGAGUCGUCGGCUCGGUCCGCGGAGGCUGAGGCAGAGCAGACGGCGGUGAGCAAGGCCAGGCCAAGGUUUAGGUGGGACACGUUCGGGUCCGACCUGACCGAGCCACAGCAGCGGGCGGUUCGGGGCCUGUCUCCGAAGCUGCCCAACCGCUGCAAGGCCCUGGUGGCACGCGUGGUGUGCCUGUGCCCCGGGGACGAGAGCCUUGGCGCGUUGCUCGCGUACUGGGUGAAAGCGAUGAAGCCCAAGAGGGCGGAUUGGUUGCUGGUUCUCAAGGAACUCAAGGCCAUGGAGAGCCCGCUGCUUGCAGAGGUACUGGAGCAUGCAUUGCUGGAAAAUUCUUUCGAAGCAAAUGUUCGCGACUACACCAAGUUGAUCCACAUCUAUGGCAAGCAGAAGCUACUGCAGAAAGCUGAGGAUGCAUUUGCCGCCAUGAAAGGCAGAGGUUUCCCUUGUGAUCAGGUCAUACUGACUGCACUGAUGGACAUGUACAGUAAGACCGGAGAUCUGACCCGCGCAAAGGAAAUAUUCGGAGAAAUCAUGUUGCUCGGUCUUCCACUGGAUAAGCGCGCAUACGGCUCGAUGAUCAUGGCUUAUAUCAGGGCUGACAUGUUGCAGGAAGCAGAAGAUUUGAUCAAAGAAAUGGAGGACCAGCAGAUGUUCGCAGGAAAGGAAGUUUACAAGGCAUUGCUGAGAGCCUAUUCAUACAGAGGCGAUUCAGAUGGCGCACAGCGGAUUUUCGAUGCCAUACAGUUUGCAGGGAUAGUGCCUGACACGAAAUUGUGUGCACUUCUGGUGAAUGCUUACUGCCUCUCGAAUCGAAUCGAUGAAGCUGUUUGUGCCAUCCGUAAUAUGAGAAGUGCAGGAGUCAAACCUUGUGACAAAUGUAUUGCCUUAGUAUUGGGCGCUUAUGAGAAGGUGAGCAUGUUAAAAACAGCACUGGAAUUUUUGACAGAGCUUGAAGAAAACGGUGUUUCAAUUGGCCAAGAGCCCUCUGAGUUGCUUGCGGCGUGGUUCAGGAAACUUGGGGUAGUUCAUGAGGUCGAACAGGUUCUGAGAGACCUCUCAUCAGAAGACAUGGCGAGUAAACCAAGUUUUGCAGUUUCUUUAGAACAGUAG